UUUCGUACGCCACGACAGAGAAAAUUCCGCGGGGACAGGAAAAGCCUGUUGGAAAGGUGGAAUUAUCUGGUGGCAACUCAGCGUCGAAUCGCGUGAUUCGGUAAACUCGUUCGGUUGAUCGGCGGAAAACUGAUCUAUCAGGAUGAAAUCCACGUAGCAGCGAUGAAGAAGCGUGGCAAUCACGAAAACAAAACCGUCGCUAGAGCUCGACACAAUGAAACGAACGACACAGACGAUAAAAAGAACGCGAAGAACGAUAAGAAAGACGAGCGACUUUUAAGCGAUGACGUUCAUAAUCAAGGUUUCAGCGAGUGGUUACGAUCCAGCGACGGACUCGAAAUGAUGCGGCUCUUCGUUAUUGCCAAUUCGAUUCUGAUUUUCUUCACUAUGGGACUGCCUAAGAUGCAGGAGCUUAUCAGUACUCUGAAAGAGUACUAUUACAGUGAAUAAGUGACACUUUGCACUAUAAAAAUUGUAGAAGUUGAAAAAAAAACCGAAUAAACGUCACUAUUGUAACGUCACAGUAUACCAAUGAGAAACAAACAACACGAUUCAAGCUGAAACGUAAAAGCGCCUGUAACAUGACUUUUUUCAAACAAUUCAGCGUUUACCACGUGCUCGGUACUACAAAUUACUCCUCGUUUCUCGCGAGUGUAAAUUCUAGACGCACGCCGGUAUUAGUGUAACGCGUAACAUGACUCAACAUCAAAGAGAGUAACG